UUGCAGAACGUCUUCAUUCUUCCCGCAUUUCUCUGGAGGCUUCUCCGAUACUCUUAAGCUUAGAGGAUCCAUGUCUAAGAAAAGAGGUCUUUCCCUGGAUGAGAAGCGUGAGAAGAUGCUUCAGAUCUUUUAUGAGUCUCAAGACUUUUUCCUUCUUAAGGAGCUUGAAAAGUUGGGUCCCAGGAAAGGUGUGAUUUCUCAAUCAGUGAAAGAUGUUGUGCAAAGUUUAGUGGAUGAUGACCUGGUUUCAAAAGAGAAGAUUGGAACUUCAGUCUAUUUUUGGAGUCUACCAAGCUGUGCUGGUAAUCAGCUGCGUAAUGUGUGUCGUAAACUUGAAUCUGAUCUCCAAACCUGUAAGAAUAGACUAGAAGAACUUACUGAGCAGAGUAAUGAAUUAAAGAAGGGGAGAGAGGAAUCUGAAGAGCGAGAGGAAGCCCUAGCUAAAUUAAAAGCCAUUGAACUGAAGCAUAAAGAGCUAAAGGAUGAGAUGCUACAAUAUGCAGAUAAUGAUCCAGCAGCCUUUGAAGCAAUGAAAAAUGCAAUUGAUGAUGCUCAUGCUGCAGCCAACCGAUGGACUGACAACAUUUUCACUUUACGACAAUGGUGUUCAAACAACUUUCCACAAGCCAAAGAACAACUAGAGAACUUAUACAAAGAGGUUGGCAUGACGGACGAUUUUGAUUAUUUGGAGUUGUCACCAGCCCCUCUGAGUUCAGUUAUUGAUUAAGUGAGCAGCAGCUUCAAAGCUGAUUUAACCGUAUGCUUGAUGUCUCAAAUGAUAUUCUGAAGCAAACAUUAUAGAACAUGGGCUACAGUUUGUCACCUGAAAGUCACCCAUCAUGUGUAUAGUUCGCCCGUUCAUUAGUUACGUGGUAAAUAAGAAAUGUGUCGAUUCUUAAAUGAAUUUUUCUCCGAUCCCAGAACACUAAGCGAUGUUUCAUGUGAAACCGACACAGGCUCAUGAAUCUGUAAUUUGUUCUCUUCUCUUGGUCGUUAUAGGCAUUGGAACAGUCUGAUGUAUUACAAUGAAUUCCUAUGUUUCGAGCUACACAGAAGAGUUUACAGAA